UUGUGCUGGUCUAAGAAAUUCCGGGACCUGGAGGCACUCGCGGCGACCACUGGGUUUCCGCCCACAGCCGCGUGAGUACGCGCCGGCUGCUUGGGCUGAGUUGGUGGCGGAAAGGUCAAGAUGGGGUUUAUAUUUUCAAAAUCUAUGAACGAGAACAUGAAAGCCCAACAGGAGUUCAUGCUUAUGAAUGCUCAACUUCAGAUGGAAAGACAGCUAACGAUGCAGAAUGAAAUGAGAGAAAGACAAAUGGCCAUGCAGAUUGCUUGGUCCCGGGAAUUUCUCAAAUACUUUGGAAGCUUUUAUGGCAUUGCAGUCAUCUCUUUAACAACUGGAGCAAUAAAAAAGAAGAAGCCAGUCUUCCUCUUCCCCAUUGUUCCAUUAAGCUUCAUCCUCACUUACCAGUAUGACUUGGGCUAUGGAACACUUCUACAAAGAAUGAAAGGUGAAGCUGAGAACAUACUGGAAACAGAAAAGAGAAAGUUACAGCUACCAGGAGGAAUGAUCACUUUCGAAAGCCUUGAAAAAACCAGAAGGCAACAGAAUAAAUUCUUCAUAGACAAGUGAAAUCAUGUUUAUCCAGUAAAUCUCAAAACACAGAAUUGUUGACUUUAAUCAUGGCUUUUACAAUUUUUUAAUUGUUCAAGAUUUUUAU